UUGUACAUGUACUAGUUGAAAUUCAGGAUAGGUCCCGUUCAGGUCCAGAGGAUCAUUUCCAGGUGGACGUGAACCUGGACCUGAUUGUCUGUGGAAACUUGAGAACUGAUUUCGCGAUCGUGAUUUCGCCUAAUCCGUUUACUAAAGAGACGUGAAACAGUUUAGACGUGAGUUACGUCGACUCGACAGCGGCCGUUUGCUUAUUGCUAUGCGAGAAUGAAUGGAUGAGUAAAUGAAUGGAUUAAUUAAUUACUCAACAAUCGCACAAGGUUAAAUGUAUGACAACCAAUAAUGAACAGGAUAGCAGGAUAUGGAAAAUAUAAUUCUGUGUACCAGGAAGAGACGUGUGCUUUGGUUUGCAUGACGUGACUAGAAGCCCUGCAUACCCUUGUGAUUAAUGUUUGCAAAAUUGAAAAUUCAUCGUUAUACAGAUGGGUGAGACUCUACAUGGUUUUGCUGCACGCGAGGAAGGGCUUUACUGUCUACACGCCCGUGCAGCAAAGCGGAUCAUCACAACGCCACCCAGGGUUGAGGGAGACCAAGAAGAUGAGGGAAGCGAUGAUGAGGUUGUUGAGCAGCUUCAGACGUCUCCUUUCCUCGCUGCUGCUCACGACGGGGAAACAUAUGGUAAGAAUAGCUUCAUUCAUGGCUUAGCAGUCUCGUGACAGUAUUUUGUUCGGUGCGAGAUUUGUUAGGGAAGUCAUAUACUACAAUAUAACAGUUAAAGUUAAACAUUAUUUUGUAUGUUUUUCAGGAAUCUUGAAGCGCGUUGGGGGAGGAAGACUUUCCUGUGUGACGUGCAGUCGGCGCCAGAUGGCCUGCUCUCACGUGGAGACGUACAAGGACUGGUGUGAUGAAAGGAACGUGGAUGUGAACGUAGCAUUCACCACCUUAGACGAGCCGACGUUUAAGUCUGUCUCCACAUCCCCAGUCCCUUGCCCAUGGACAUCGGAUAUGCGGGAAAAGUUUGACAGGUAUGAAGACAAGGAUGAGACAUUCCCGUACCACCUUGUGCCAGAUGUGCCAUCUGGUACAUGCACUCACGGGAAUGGCUGGGACACCCGGGACCCUAUUGUGCAACAGUGGGUUCAACACGACCGUGUUAUCAUCUAUACACGGUACAAGAACCUGGCCGACUACCUAGGGGAGGACGGGAAGCGCCACUCCCGGGUGGUCUAUUACAGACCCACCGUCGGCAGCUGCGCAUGCCGCCACAUGUAUGACGGAACGGCAGACCUGCUGCACAACCUCGACAACAGGCAUGUCCUGUUCCUUUUUUAAUUCUAUUCUUUGACUUUUUGAAUCGUGCGGAUCAGUUUAUAGAGAAGCAAUAUCUUAUAUAAUACAAUAUUGUAUUAUUAUUACAACUAACUCUAACCAACUAUACACCUAGCUACAUUUAUGCAAUUACCAAGGAGCGAGAGGAAGUCGAGUGUCCUAGAAUAGAUUAGAUGCACAUCUGCAUAUAUAGAUGUGUAGGAUUGUUCCCAUUGUAACAUAUAUUUGAUUGCUACCGUGUGACCUAUACUUAGCCCAGUGGGGCAAAAAGGUACAAUAAAGGUCUUCAUUCAUUCAUUCAUUACAAUUAUUAUGUUACGUAAGUGCACCGAGAUAAAAGAAGGCUAUACUUACCGUAUCUUUGUAUUGCAUUCAAACAGGGUGAUGUUCUACUUCGGGCUCUUGGCGGACUACCUAAGCUCGAUGGUACAAGGCAAGCAGCCAUUGCGGACAACACAACGCGUCUGCAAUGACAUCCGAAGUGCAUGCGGCAGCCAUCCCGAGAACAUCCCAUACGAGAAGUUGCGACAGGCAUGGAACUCGUGGGCCCGCAGACUGGUCAUCGAUUGGGAAAAGGUGUACACCUGUAGCAAAUGCGGCCCGGAACCCAAGAUCAUAGUGUGUGACGGUACUAUGCUUGGGUUCCGUAAGGAUUUCCUCCCGUACCUGUCCACACCUGAAGCUGCAGGAGCCCAGCCUGAGAAGCUAGUGACCGGAUCGAACCACAGCCGACGUGUCUUCAUCACCUGUGCGAAGUCACGGGAUCUGCUCCUCCGGUAUUCGGGCAACAAACGGAGGGGCAGGGGUAAGUUUACAGGUAAGCUGGGGAUCAGCGAAGAAGAGAUGGCUGAUCUCCAGGGCAAGCUGAUCCAGUCGGGUCGUAGCGAUGUGACAGAUCUCCUGAGGCGUCUGCAGGCAGAGGGACAUGCAACACGCGCACCGCCAGAGUACAGCACGUUCCUGUCUGAGGUGGCAAGGAGUACGCCGGUGUGUGGGAUGAUACAGAUGGCUGGUGACAAGAAAGCCAUUCGCAUCAUGCAGAUGGUGGCAGAGGGUACGAUCGAUCUUACGAGCUCUCGUUUCCAUCGGUACUCUGCUUAUCUUUUUGAGAAGGCGCCGGUACUGACGGAUUUUCUCUGUAGUGUGACCAAGGCAGGCCAUCUUCCUCCAGACAUUUCUGCUCUUGUUCUCUCCCUCAUGACUGUACUCAUUCAGACUUUCAAGGAGGUUGAGAAACCUUCCCCUGACUGCUACCCCGCUCCUCCCCCUACAUCUACUCUUUCCUUUUUCCCUUCCCUUCCUCAGCUCUGUGGUCUGCCAAGGUACGCUGUUGAGGAAGCGAGUAAGUCGAGGGAGAAGGACAGCUGCCGGAAGGAGUCGUAUGGUCACCAUUCGCUCACGCCCGGGCUGUUUACCCUGUUCUGUCCACAUGGCGUGUGCUAUGGCUUCACUGCCAUGCAAAGCUGUGAAUCGCCCCGCCACCCGUUCGAGAUCCUGAGGACACGGUUCCCGGUGGCCCCCAGAGUAGUCGUGUACGACAACAGUUGUCAGCUGCACAAGUACGCGAUGAACAGGGAGCCACACUUCUUCCAGAAGACCGUGUUUCUGGUGGACCGGUUCCACUUCAAGGGGCAUGUCGGCUGUUCGCUAGGGUACUGCAUGGACAGUUAUACCGCUGCAGUCGACAUCCGGUCCAUCAACUCUCAGGUCAAUGAACAGGCGAACUCCAGCCUCAUCAGGAUUCAGCCACAGCUGGCCUACAUGACACCGUCGAACUUCAUGUUUCAUGUUUCUUUGUUCUUGGCACUCAAAAACAUGCAAUGCAACGUGUAAAUCCGUACAAAUAGGGCAGAAAAGCCCCUACACAGAAAAUCUAGGGGAGAAAACCCCUACACAGAAAAUCUAGGGGAGAAAACCCCUACACAGAAAGUUCAGAGAAAAUGAUUUUACGUUCUUGACGUUUUUGUUUCCCUUUUAAGCUUGAUUUUUUAAAAGUUUUUUUGGUUUGUUUCAUUUUUUUCUAUAGAUUGUUAGUAUGACACAAGGAGGUUAAGCAUGUAGGCUAUUGUCUUAUGGAACUAUCUCAUGUUUACAAAUGACAUUAGCAUACGAUCAACAAGUUUUUCUGAAUUCAAAUGUUUUUUUUUUUGUUAUCAUUUUCAAAGUACAAAGUGGUGCCCGUGUUGCGUACGAUACAUUCCUAUGACAUGUUCAAUUUGCUGAUUUGUGUAAAGUUGCUGAUUUGUGCGGUGUUGGGGCUGUGCCUUUGCCUAGAAAUUCUCUAGACAGACAUCAUGUGUAUAUCGUAAUGUGUACUUAUGGUCACCGGCAUGUAUGUCAAAUGUAAGGUCUUAUGCAUGUGUAUAUUGUUGUUUUCUUUUGUGUUUAUGAAAAAUGUACCCUAGUAGACAUGUUACCGAUUUGCCGACGGUACUGUAGAUUUUCAGUUUUGUAUGUCUUUCUUAUGUUUUUUGUGUAAGUCUAUGCUAAGUGACACUGUUUCGUUGUCGUAGGUAAUGAACAUCAGAAAAAAAAUGUUUUUACCUUGGCCUGUUGACGCCUUUGUCUAUCCUUUUAUUAGGCUGUGUUUUUUUUAAUCUCUUUUUUUCAUUUUUGGUGCAGAUUGUGGCGCAUGAAGGUGAAACAUGUCAUGUAGACCAAGGAGGUUGAAAGAGGACCUUGUGUUGACAACUGUCUUACCGAACUAUUCCAACAUGUUUUACAUAUGUUUGACAUUAGGAUCAUGUUCAACCAGUUUUUCUUGAUGUGAUGUGAUGUGAAAAUCCAUAUGUUGUAGACAGACGUCAUGUGUAUAUGAUGAUACUGUAUAUGAAGUACAUGUACAAUGUCAUGUAUUUUUAGCUUAUGUAUGUGUGUCUUGUCAAGGAGGUUGAAAGAGUCUUGUUUUUUUUAUGGUUAUCUUUUUCCUUUAAUUCUUUUCGACAAGUUUAUGUAUCUUAUUGUUUUGUGUUUUUUUUUUCUUCCAUCGAAAAUGUACCGUAGUAUGUAAAUUUACCGAUUAGGUGCUUACCGAGGUGUAGAUAUCCACAUGUGUGUAUUUUGAAUGUGCUACACUUACUUUUUCUACGGCAGACGUCAUGUGUAUAUAGUAAUGUCGUACCGACGGUCACCGUGUGCGUCUUAUGUGAUGUGUAUGUCUUUUUUUGUUGUUGAUUAGAAUUACCGUAAUAUGUAAAUUUGACAUUGUGCCGAUUUGCCGGU